GUUAAAAGUAAUUCAAAUGCUUUAUUGAUGCAAUGGGGUCAAUUUUUAAGUCAUGAUCUGGCCAAGACAACAACUCAAAAUAAUCAAGAAUGCGCAUCAUGUGAACCUAAUUCGAAAUGCACCAAUGUUUUCUUAUCAAGACAUGAUCCUAUAUUUGGUCGUUUUCAAUGUUUACCGGUAGCUCGAUCUUCUCCGGUAUGUGGUUCCGGUGAAUCAUCUCCUCGUGAACAAUACAACGAAAAUUCAGCAUAUAUUGAUGGUUCAAUGAUUUAUGGUUCAUCCGAUUUGGAUCAAUUCAUGUUCCGGCAAGGAAGUUUCAUGAAGACACAAAUGAUUCGAAAUCGUACUUUUCCAGCAAUUGAUAGCAAUCAAAAUAUCAUCACCGGUGAUGAUCGAGCAAAUCUAUUUGUUGGUUUGGCUGCUCUUCAUGUUCUUUUUGUUCGAGAACAUAAUAGGAUAGCAUCAGUGUUGAAAGAAUUAAAUGAAAAUUGGGAUCACGAUCUAAUUUUUCAAGAAACACGACGAAUUAUUGGUGCUGCUAUACAACGUAUCACAUAUAAGGAAUAUUUGCCUCGUAUAUUAGGGAGUAAAUUUAAUGAAUUAAUUGGUAAUUACGAAGGUUAUGAUGAAAAUGUGGAUGCAACUAUCAGUAAUGAAUUUACUGGAUGUGCUUUUCGAUUUGGACAUGGGAUGAUACAGGAAUUUUAUCCAUUUCUUGAUGAGAAUUUUCAUCGUAUCGGUGGCAUAUCAUUUAUUGAUGGUAUGUUCAAAACAAUCCAUCUAUUUGCGCAUGGAAUUGAUCCAAUUAUUCGUGGUCUGAUAAGUUUACCAGCAAAAAUGCCACAAAGGCUUACUCCAGCAGUAACUGAACGAAUGUUUGGCAAUUCUGAUCUUGGUUCUAUUAAUAUUCAACGUGGUCGUGAUCAUGGUAUACCAGGAUAUAUUGUUUGGCGGAGAUUUUGUAAAAUGCCAAAAGUGCGAACAUUCCGUGAUCUCAAUACCACAAUUAAAAAUUCAAUUUUACGUUCAAAUUUAGAAAUUUUAUAUGAACAUGUUGAAAAUAUUGAUUUAUAUGUUGGUGGCUUAUUGGAGGAUCCACUAGAAGAUGCAUUUGUUGGACCUACUCUAGCCUGUAUCAUCGCAGAUCAAUUCAAAAGAUUACGAAAUGGCGAUAGAUUCUAUUAUGAAAAUUCCGAAAUUUUUACACCAUUUCAAAUUAAAGAAAUUGAAAAAUUGAGUCUUGCAAGAAUAAUCUGUGAUUCUGGUGAAAAUAUUCGACAAAUGCCAUUAGAAGCAUUUAAUCAAAGUGAAAUAAACGAUCUGAUACCAUGCGAUAGGAUACCAUCUCCUAAUUGGAAUCUUUGGAAAGAUGAUCACAAAUAA